AUGUCUCUGUUGUCCAAGAUGUGGCGGGUGAACAACAAAUCUCUUCCGGUAGACGACAAUUCAAAUCGAUUAAUGCCAUUUUUGUUAUUUGCUCGGAUAUUUCCAAUUUCACCGUCCUGGUUACUGAAUAUAGUCGCACCAUUCCUCAACAUACCAUUGAGGAUAUUCGUCAUAUCAGCUUUCAUA